CGCGUCACUUCCUUCUCGAGGCGGCUGCUGCUUUUUGCUACUACAGUUGACGAGUCCGUCAGCGGAGAAGCUCGCGCUACGGGGAGCGAGGGUUUUUCGGUCGCGCGCCAGGGACUGUGCAUUUAUUUGGCCUCGAGGGGCGGGGCCGGGACCGGGACGGCAGCUUCACGCUUGUUACCCUCGGCUGUCGCCGCUCGAGGACCAGCCCUGAAGAGCCGAGCGGGACCUAGUCAAGUCGGGCCCUCGAACGGAAAAAGCCGGAGAAACCUGCUGCUGAAACUGAGGGCCGAGGGGAGAGUCACCCGGCAACGAUUAAUAGCUGAGAUACUGAUCAAGUUCUGCCCUUCUUCAAUGAGGAACUACAGGCUGAUCUUCUGCCAUAACCUUAAGCAACCAUAAAUGACAAAAGAAUGCUUGGUCAGUAAGGGUAGCUGGCGUAGAAGAUAUUUUGUGAACAUAGGUGUUUAAGUGCUGUGAGAAAGACACUUUGACAUUGGGCUGCAUAAAGAUAUGAGGAAGAGCUCCUCCCCUUCUUUGAGUAAUUGCAACUCUGUUCUCACUAAUAAAAUAUUUGGAAUUCCACUUGAUGAACUGCAGCAGGAAGGGCAACCAGGCAGUGAAGUUCCAUUCAUAGUCCGCCAUGUUGUGGACUAUAUUGAGGAACAUGGAGGUCUAGAGCAAGAAGGACUUUUUCAAGUCAAUGGGAAUGCAGAAACAGUGGAGUGGCUUCGGCAAAGAUAUGAUAAUGGAGAAGAUGUGGACCUGGUUAAAGAAGCAGAUGUACCUUCUGCUAUUAGUCUUCUUAGAUUUUUUCUUCAAGCACUUCCAGAACCAGUUAUUCCUGGCACUCUUCAUAUGCAUUUGAUACAACUGCCUCAAGAUUAUAAUGAAGAUGAGUUUGGAAGAAAAUUGAGAUUCCUCUUGCAACAGCUUCCGCCUGUGAAUUACAGUUUAUUAAAGUUUCUGUGUAGAUUUUUAGCUAAUGUAGCAUCACAUCAUGAAGAGAUUUGGUCUGCAAGUUCAUUGGCUGCAGUUUUUGGUCCUGAUAUCUUUCACAUUUACACAGAUGUGGAGGAUCUGAAAGAGCAAGAACUUGUUAGCAGAAUAAUGGCAGGACUGCUAGAGAAUUAUGAUGAACUCUUUGAAAAUGAAGAGGAAGAUUUCUCAUCUAAUGACUUAAGUUCAGUAACUGAGCAGAUAAAUGAUUUGUUGGAUGAAGAUGAUAUAAAGCUUGAGCAGUCUGAAGAACUGCCAGAAGAAGAGGAAGAGGAAGAAAACGCAGAGGAUUUGAAAUAUAGGGAAGAUACAGAGCCUCAAGAUAUGAUGGAGAGCAUCCUGGAGUCAUGUAGUGUUUCAGCAUCAACAAGUGCUCAUUUCUCCCCCUUAAGCAUCUUGCCAGCUUCUGCAGACAUCUUGGAAAGAACAAUUAGAGCAGCUGUAGAACAACAUCUCUUUGAUCUGCAGAGCAGCAUAGAUCAAGAUCUCAAGAACUUACAGCACCAAGUGGUGUGUCACGAAGCAAACACUGAGGAAGCCGAAAAAGGAUCUAACAACCAGGAUGAUACUGAAAAGAAUAUUACUAAAGAUUAUGAGAAUCUUGAAGACUGCUCUGAAACAGUGAAUUGCACUAAUUUAGACUGUGAAAUUGUACAACCUGUGUCUGAGGAUAAAGAAAAUUAUCAGGCUGCAGGCGUAUUGUUGAAGCCAUGUGAUGACAGAGGUGAAGAUAAAGAAUCCUUUGGAAAUAAGCAAGACUGUACAUCAUUUGAUGAUGGUAGCAAAGUAACGUCACACGUGAUUCUGGAUUAUGUUAGCAACAUUUCUGAUCAAAAUGUGAAAAAAGGAUCAGAGGAACUGAAAAACAGAAAUAAUAAUGCUCCUGAAGCAACACUGUGUGCCCCUUUACCACAUCUUGAUUUGAAGAAUGUGAAUGGUAGUGACAAAUGGGAAGCGCCAUGCCCUAUCACUUUUCCCCUCAUUGAUUUCAAAACAAUGCAUCUACAGAGAGAAGGGGAGGAGCCAUUUCCUGCUUUUAAAUCUUGGCAGGAAGAUAGUGAAUCUGGAGAAGCUCAGCUUUCUCCACAAGCUGGAAGGAUGAAUCAUCCUCUGGAAGAAGAUAGUCAUCCCAUAUUGGCACACCGGAGUUUGGAUUUUGGGCAAAGCCAACGUUUCCUGCAUGAUCCAGAAAAAAUAGAUUCUUCAUCUAAAGCGCUUUCUUUUGUUAGAACACGAAGAGCAGCAUUUAGUAGUUCGAAAGAUGAUAGAAGGGAGGAAAAGACUCCAUAUCAGCUAGUCAAAAAGUUGCAGAAAAAAAUAAGACAGUUUGAGGAGCAAUUUGAGAAAGACAAAAACUUCAAGCCUUCAUAUUCUGAUAUUGCAGCAAAUCCAAAGGUUUUAAAAUGGAUGACAGAGCUUACCAAAUUAAAAAAGCAAAUAAAAGAUGCAAAGCACAAAAGCUCAGAUGAAUUGAUACCUCAGGCACGUCCACGAAGUAACACUCUUCCAAAGAGCUUUGGUUCGUCUCUCGACCAUGAAGAUGAAGACAAUGAAGAUGAUCUGCGGGUUGCUCAGAAAGAGAAGAAACCUACAAAAGAAGUCACUGUUGAACUAAUUUUAAAAAAAUUGAAAGAAAAACGAAUUGAAAGAUGCUUGCCAGAAGAUAUAAAGAAAAUGACAAAAGACCAUUUGGCAGAAGAAAAAACAUCACUCCAAAAAAGUCUCCUGUACUAUGAAAGUCAGCAUGGACGUCCGGUUUCCAGAGAAGACAGACAUAUUGUUAAGCCCCUCUAUGACAGAUACAGGCUUGUGAAACAAAUGUUAACUCGAGCAAGCAUUACUCCCAUCCUUGGAUCGCCAUCAACUAAAAGGCGUAGCCAGAUGUUACAGCCUAUCAUAGAAGGAGAAACAGCCCAUUUCUUUGAAGAAAUUAAGGAAGAGGAAGAAGAUGGGGAUGUGUCUUCAGAACUGACUGAUACCUUAAAAUCCAGUGCGCAAACACAUCCCAUUUCUACUAGCCCUGUUGAAAACUCAGAAUCUGACGUUGAAGAAAGUCAAGAGAAACUGACUCGAGAGCUUCGACUUUCUAGUAUCCGUGCAGCUUCUGUGCCUGAAUUAUUAGAACAACUUUGGAAAGCCAGAGGUGAAAAAAAGAAAUUGCGCAAAACCCUACGGGAAUUUGAAGAAGGAUUUUAUCAGCAGAAUGGGAGGAAUGUUCAGAAGGAGGAUCGUGGACCCAUGCUUGAUGAGUAUAGAGAGUACAAGAAAGUUAAAGCUAAACUGCGUCUUCUUGAAGUCCUUAUCAGCAAACAAGAUCCAUCGAAAUAAAUUAUGUUUCUUCAUAACAAUGAACCGUUGUUUUCAUAUGCUGCCCGUAGUACUGUUAAGGGUACUCUUUUGUCUUGUGCUGUUGAAAGAAUGCAGUUUUUGUACACUUUAGAAAGGUAUGUAGGUCCUAGAGAGUUAAUGAAAACAUUUAAAUUGAGACUCGAUCUGUCCAACUUUAUUUUUUUUCUCAUUUUUAAAAUUUACAAAUUUAUCUUGUUCUCAAAAGACUUUUAUUCUAGAAUCAUUCAAAAACUUUGGACCUGCUAACUUCGUUUCAUCUGCAUUGAUUAGUAUUACACUGAACUCCUCUGUUGCCUUUUUAGUAUGGAAAACGAUGGCAGCCAAUUAAGAAUACUCCCGAACACCAAAAAGGAACUGAAACGCCUUUCAGAGGACUGCUGUGGAAUAGCUUUGAUUGCAAAUGGCAUCUUUCGUAUAAUAGAAGGAUCGAUGGAUAUUGAAAUAUAAAGUAUGUUCUUCGGUUUCCGAUGACAAUGGACAAACCAGAAAGUGACCUUGCUUGUUGUAUUUUUAAAACUUGGAAAAACCUGAACAUUUAUAUCACAUAUUGCCUACAAGACUUACAUUACUGUUAAUUUCUAUUUAUUGUCUACUGGUGACAGUGUGUGGUCUGAAUUGGAGACUGCAUCUUACCCUUGUGUUGGUGCUCAGAUUCAUACAGUUCAGUAAGCUUAUACCACUUUUGCUGUAUCUGAAAUAAACUUAUUUUACUAAGGGCUACAAUUAACAUAAUUAAUGUGUUGGACAAGGUGGACAGAGCUAGCUUUGGAAGAAGCCUUUCUACUUCCAUUCACAGAAAUGGAAAGAGAAGUGAUCUGCCUCAAGCAGGUAUCAUACGAUUUUUGCAUGACAAAGCUUCAGAGCCAAGGUCUUUUUUUCUGAUGUUUUCUUUGCCUAGUAUAAAUAACACAACAGCGGCUACUGUUUUUCUUUUAAAUCUGCACUCCAAAGUCCUUCUAGAUGGCUUGAGUACCUACAUAUAAGAUACAGUACAGAGGAAAAGGGCUUAUAUGGAAUCCCUUUGCACAUAGGUCCUGCAUCUCUGGUUUGACUGGAUUGAGUCCUAAGUGUUGAAUACCUUCUGGAUCUAUUUUGUCUUGUGGCCAUGUUUUUGCAUGUGCCUAUUUGCUGCAUGUGUUAUGAACAGCUAAUGCCAACACAAGUUGUUUUUCACUGCUUUCUGAAAGAUCAGAAAAUGAACUUCAGCUAAAUAAAUGGCAUGGAAACUCAUCAGAUUGAUGUGUUAACAUGUAAUAGGUAGAAAGUAGAUUUUAGAGACUCCAUACUUCUAUUUGUUGUAUUUCUCAUUUUUAUUGUAAUUCUAGGCAUGUAAUUUUGGAACCCAAAAGCGAACAUUAAAAUGAAUUUAUACUCUGAUGCUUUGCCUUUCUAUACAGCCUGAAUGGUUUUAGUGGACUGUAGUGAAUUACAAGAUCGGGAAUUAAUCUGGAGAUUUUCUGUGGCUUUUGUUCCACUCCAUUGUGCAAUGUACAUUUCAGUUACUUUCCCAUCAAUCUGCAAACACUGGUGCAUCAAACAUCAAAACCUAUGUGUACUGUAUAGUGUUGUACAUGAAUGUUUUAUAUACCACAUGCAAAAUGUCAAUAUGCACUAUUUAAAUGUUUUAAAUAAUAUAUUCCUCCUUUAUAAUACUUAAAUCUAUAUGACCCCAAUAUUUUUAUAAAGUGAGUGAUCAAACUGGUUCCACUUCAGAAUCAACAGCUGCUUUUGUGUGUGUUCUGCAGUGUUUGGCUGUUUGUUUGUAGCAAGCAUGGCAUCAGUUAUGCUAAGAGUGUGUGUUGUGCCAUCUUAUUGAGCAAUAAAUGGUAGAAUUAGGCAUUUUGUGAUAACACAGUUUUACUUUGGUAUAAGUAAAAACUAUAUGUGGAUAUAUAGAUAUAUAAAAAUAUAUAAAUAAACCAGAUAUGAAUGAUU